UCAACCACAGCCUCUCUCUCAGCCUUCACUAGAAAGAGCGACUCCUCGCUAUACAGUGCAGCCAUAAUGAGCUUUUCCUCCUCAUCCGGAUCCUUCGGUGGAAGCUCCUUUCGGAGCCCUGGUUCUAUUAGAUCCUCUAGUGGUUUUGCAGUGUCUAGUGGCCGUGCCCCCAGCAUGUACGGUGGUUCUGGUGGACGUGGUGUGCGCAUCUCCACCGUUUCUAGCUCCAUGUAUGGUGGUGGUGGUGGUGGUGGUUUUGGUGGUGCUAGUGGUAUUGGUUCUGCAGGGCUAGGUUUUGGUAGUGGCUUUGGAUUUGGAGGUGGUGGAGGUGGAGGUGGAGGUGGUUGUGUAAGCAGUGGGUAUGGAUUCGGUGGGGAACUUGCUGCUGGAGAUCCAGGAUCUGUGACAACCAGUGAGAAGGCCACCAUGCAGAACCUGAAUGACCGUCUGGCAUCUUACCUGCAAAAGGUUCGCAGCUUGGAGAAGGCCAAUGGUGACUUGGAAAUCAAGAUCAGACAGUUUUUGGAAAACAAAGCCUCCCCUCAUGCCAGAGACUACUCUGCUUACGAGGCCACCAUAAAGGAUCUGCAAGAUAAGAUCCAGGCGGCUACCAGAGAUAAUGGAAGCCUCUACCUGCACAUUGAUAAUGCGAAAUUGGCUGCAGAUGACUUCAGAACCAAGUAUGAGAAUGAGUUGGCGAUGCGUCAAUCGGUGGAGGCAGACAUCGCUGGGCUCAGGAGCCUUCUAGAUGAGCUGACAUUGACAAGGUCAAACCUGGAGAUGCAGAUCGAAAGCCUUAAGGAUGAGUUGAUUUACCUCAAGAAAAACCAUGAGGAGGAACUGGAAGCAAUUCGUAACACAAUGUCAGGUAGUGUGAACGUGGAGGUGGACGCUGCACCUGGUGAAGAUCUGAACCGUGUUAUGGCUGAGAUUCGUGAGCAGUAUGAAGCUGUGGCUCUUAAGAACAAGCGUGAACUAGAGAGCUGGUUCCAGACCAAGAUUGAUAAUCUGAAUAAGGAGGUGACCACCAGUACAGAAAUUCUACAAACAUCCAAAUCAGAGAUCAAUGAUGUCAGACGCACUUUGCAAGGCCUGGAGAUUGAGCUUCAAUCCCAACUCAGCAUGAAAGCAUCUAUGGAGGGAACUCUUGCAGAUACAGAGAACCGCUACUCCAUGAAACUAUCCGGAUUGCAAUCUCAGGUAACACAAAUGGAGCACCAGCUGUCUGAGGUCCGAGAUAGUACAGAGAGGCAAUCUCAGGAGUACAAAAUUCUUCUGGACAUUAAAACCCGGCUUGAGAUGGAGAUCGCUGAGUACAGGAGGCUGAUGGAUGGAGAAGUUGACAGUGGCAAAACGAGCAGCAGCAAAUCUGUGAUGGUGAAGACCAUCGUGGAAGAGAUGGUUGAUGGGAAAUUGGUGUCCUCUAUAACGACUUAACUUCUGAGUGCCUACGAUCAAAACAAUGAUACAGCGUUCAUUUCAACCAAAAUACAUGCAAAUGUCUUUGUGUGAAAUGAUCUGGACUGAAAGAAGGAAAUAAAAAUGACUUUCGGACUCAUUGA